GAUGGUUUUAAUGACUUUUUAAAAUUUUCAACGUUCAAAAAUAUUUAGUUGAGAAAAAAUAUUGUGAUUAUUCUAUUGGGUCGUUUUCACAUUCCUUCGGAUUUGCGACCCCACAAUCCGUGUCCGUGCGGCUUUGUUUGAGCUUCGUCUAUGAUCAGAGAGACAGGCUUCUGGAAAAUCAAGAUUGGCCUGCAACUGUAGAAGAAUCCAAGUUUCGUUAGCCGAUUCGCCGAAGAAGAAAAUAAAGGAAUAGCUAAAAGAGAAGUAACUUGGUGGUGAUCAGAGUUUUAGCUCAAAACGUGCUUGGAGUCAACUGGGGUUGUGUUCAAAACCUAUUUUUUAUUAUCAGAUUCAGUUAUCUUCUAGGAGCUUAUGGGUCUGAGGGGGGUUCUUGGUUUUGCUUCUGGAAGAAAUGCUGUUUUGGAUUGAUUGUUGGAAAAAAAUUUAUGGUUGGUGAUGUUUGACGUUUGGGAAUUUCGUUUUUGUUUGGAGUUUGGAAAUUUGGGUUCUGCGUAAGACUUGAAAUUGGUCGCUGGGUUUUGAUCAAAAUUUUGGCUUCUGUAGGGCUGUUAUCAGAUUUUGCACAAAUAACGUAACAAGUUUCAGACUUGGUAUUUAUGAAAAUCAUGUUCAGAUAUAUACCAAAUUAGGAACAGUCUCUUCUUGCAGUUGGUUGUUGAUAAAUGUCAUCCACAGCACCAUCUCCGAAUUCAUCCCCUUCCGCGGUGCCACCAGCUUCUAUGUCUAGUCCACCACCACCCUCAUCUCCGAAUUCAUCCCCUUCUGCUGUGCCACCAGCUUCUGUGUCUAGUCCACCACCACCUACCUCCAACCCAACUGCUAGUCCACCACCACAGCCCUCCGCUACUCCUCCCCCAACCCCUUCAACAUCAUCCCCAUCAUCAUCUCAGCCCAAUGCGGAUCCACCAGAUUCUUCAAACUCUACUACCCAAUCACCACCGCCUCGAUCCCCUCCUCCUCCAGUUACAUCGUUGCCCCCUCCACCACAACCACCUCCUUCUGGAACUUCACCCCCAUUGGCCCCUAAUUCAUCACCUCCUCCAAAUCCACCUCCUUCUCCCAUUGUUCCACCUCCAUCAAGAACGCCACCUCCAAAUUCUAAUCCACCUGCAAGUCCACCUCCACCACUGUCAUCUAGACCACCAGUGAGCUCACCUCCUCCACCAACAGCAAAACCACCUGCGAAUUCACCUCCACCUCCAUCAUCCAAGCCCCCUGAAACUUCCCCACCACCUCCACCAGCUUCUGUUCCGCCCACAAGUUCUCCUCCACCACCUGCAUCAGUCCCUCCUAGAAAUUCACCUCCACCGCCUCCAGCAUCUGUUCCGCCCACAAAUUCUCCUCCACCACCAGCAUCAGUCCCUCCUAGAAAUUCACCUCCACCACCAGCAUCAUUGCCACCUCGAAGUUCACCUCCACCACCUCCAGCAUCUGUUCCACCCAAAAGUUCUCCUCCACCUCCAGCAUCAACCCCUCCUAAAAAUUCACCUCCUCCACCACCAUCAGUACCUCCCCCUAUUUCUCCUUCACCUCCUAGGCUUACUCCUGAUCCACCUGCUCCCCAGCCAAUACCUUCGCCUACAAAUUCUACACCAGGGUCAUCACCCCCACCUUCCAAAUCACAAUUAGCACCUCCUCCAACUCCAUCAAACAAUUCUACCCCUAAUGCGACGGAGAAUUCAAACUCCACUGGUAAUGGAGGGAUUGGUACUGGAGGUGCUAUAGCAAUUGCUGUAGUGGUAGGCUUAGUGGUGCUUAGCCUUGUUGGAUUAGUUGUCUGGUGUUUCAGAAGGCAAAGGAAAAAGGAAUCCAGACUUGUUGGGUAUAUUAUGCCGUCUCCUCUGGGCUCUUCCCCCAGAUCAGAUUCAUCCCAUGUAAAGACACAUUCUUCAGCUCUCCUUGUAAGAAAUGUUUCUGGCAGCGAUUAUGUGUAUUCUUCAGCAGAGCAAGGGGGGUUAGGCAAUUCAAGGCCAUGGUUUAGUUUUGAAGAACUAGCGAAGGCCACAAAUGGGUUUUCAGCUCAUAAUCUUUUGGGAGAAGGUGGAUUUGGCUCUGUUUACAGAGGAUGCCUGCCUGACGGGAGAGAAAUUGCAGUAAAACAACUGAAAAUUGGUGGUGGUCAGGGUGAGCGAGAAUUCAAAGCUGAAGUUGAGAUUAUUAGCCGCAUACACCAUCGUCAUUUGGUUUCAUUAGUGGGCUACUGUAUUUCUGAGAACCGAAGGCUGCUGGUCUACGAUUAUGUCCCUAAUAAUACACUUUAUUAUCAUCUUCAUGGUGAAGGUCAGCCAGUUCUGGACUGGGCAACACGUGUUAAGAUUGCUGCUGGCUCAGCUCGUGGACUUGCUUAUCUUCAUGAAGACUGCCAUCCUCGGAUUAUUCACAGGGAUAUCAAGUCAUCGAACAUUCUUUUAGAUAACAACUUUGAAGCUCGGGUUUCAGAUUUUGGGUUGGCCAAAUUAGCUCUUGACGCAAAUACACAUAUAACCACACGUGUUAUGGGAACCUUCGGGUAUGUGGCCCCUGAAUAUGCGUCUAGUGGCAAACUGACAGAGAAAUCUGACGUGUACUCAUUUGGAGUGGUACUUCUGGAGCUAAUUACUGGACGAAAGCCUGUGGAUGCAUCCCAGCCCUUGGGAGAUGAGAGUCUAGUGGAAUGGGCUCGACCUUUGUUAAGUCAUGCUCUGGAGAGUGAGGAAUUUGAAGGUCUGGUAGAUCCAAGGCUUGAAAAGAACUUUGUUGAUAGUGAAAUGUUACAAUUGAUUGGCAUUGCUGCUGCUUGUGUCCAACAUUCGUCUACUAAGAGGCCUCGGAUGGGACAGGUUGUUAGAGCAUUCGACGGUUUAGCAACUUCAGAUCUGACCAAUGGAAUGAGAGUUGGGGAAAGUGAGAUGUUUAACUCAGCACAACAGUCUGAAGAAAUUCGAUGGUUUCGAAGAAUGGCAUUUGGUAGUCAAGAUUUCAGUACAGAUUUUUUUAGCCAAGGUAGCUCGAAUGGUUAGUUAACACUGCAUAGUAAAAUAUUUGGUGAGAGAAUUUUAACCCAAAAAAAAAAAAAAAAAAGGAAAACAUAGAAGGAAAA